UUCAUGAUAACAAUUUAAAUUUACAUACAAAAUGGCGUUAAAUUCCAAGACGUCACACAGCGUCAAUUGACCAGUAAGGGUCAAUGAAUAUGCAACAUGUGGUUAUUGACAUUUGUUCAGCAAAAACAAACCGGUUUUUUGUAUUAAUUAUCUCGAUAAUUAUGCAAAUCAUUUAUCGACAGUAUUUCUCUUAAUUUUACUUACUUAUCUGAACUUAAAAGUGUUCACAAUAUUUAUGAAAAUAAAUAGUGAUUAAAACAAAAACUUGUUAAGGUUAUAAUAAACAAUUGUGAGUUUUUAUGAUAAAUGUUAGAAAAAAGUUUGUUGAAAAUAUUAGUGAAUAAUUUAAUUAAUAUACAAUAAUGAUCCAAAAUAUUCAGUUAACCAUAAAAUACAUUACAACAAAAAGUUGCUUCGUAUAUUUAUCACAUCAUUUAACUAAUAAAUUACCACCAACCGUGCAAGUGGUGAAAGUAACUCAUGUUGAUGAUGUAAAUGAAGUUUUUUAUUUUUCAUUUAAUCGUUCACAAUCAUUCAGAGAUAACAAUUCAAUAGGAAUUUCUUCAACUUUUGCUCAACUACUAGACUUUAGAGAAGGUAUUUAUGUAAACAUUACAUUUGUAGAUAACCUACCAACUUUAUCAUCAAUCGAUGUUAUUCCUCGAAGCGAAGAAGAUCUUGAAAUAGUCAAAUUACGCUCGAAUAAAUUGCAAGGAAUUAUUUUACAACAAAUAAAUGUUGUUACUUUAAAUCAACCAAUUGUUAUUUGGCUGUCGAAAAAUUUGAAUGUUGUUUUGUAUGUUGAUAAAUUAUCACCCAAAUUCAAAUACGGAAAAUUAGUCGAAUUUACUGAAGUUAAUGUUCAAGAGUCAAUUAAAGAUGAUAAAAGAUCACACAAAGUACAAAAAAGUAACGAUUUGGAUACAGUUAAUGAUAAAUAUUCUCUAUCAAUUGUUAGAAUUAAUCCACUGCCAACUUUAAUUGAAGAAGUGAUUUGUAAUAAUUAUAGCCCAACGAACAAAAUUUAUUGUGAUUUGAAUAUUUUCAUACAUUUAUCUAAAGCAAUUAAAAUAUCUUCAGGUGUGGAAACAUGUGAAUACUUUUUUUGUAAAUUGGAAAAAGUACAAAAUAACAAUGAACAAAGACGUUUAAUAAUGAAUGAACAAAAAGAUUGGUUCAACAAUAGAGAAAUGAUCAUAAAGGUGAUAAUUAUUGAAAAUAUUAAAAACUUUGAUGAAUUUUGUUGCCAACAAUUGAAUACAAUAAACGACAAUAAUGUAUUUGCAUGUCGAAAUUUACUAAGACAGCUGGAUUUAAAAUUAGGUAGUAAAGUAUUUUUUAAGAAAAUUACUGUUGAGAAGCAAAAUGUAACUGAAAUUAAGUUAAUUCCCAUAAAUAAUGAAAUUAGUCAAGAACUUUUUGAUUCUUAUAUCAAGCGAUUCGAUGUUUAUGAUGAAAUUUUAAUUAAUUCAAAUACACAAAUAUUUUUAUCACCAGAAGUCAGUUGUGAAAUUAAACUCGUUCCUGAAACAAUCAAUUACAGUUUAGUCAAGAUAGAUAAGAUCAAAACACUACCACUUAGAAUUCUUCCUAAAAUCUUUAAUAACUCUUUAUCAUCUGUUGGACAAGAAAACAUAAAAUCACGAAUUAUUUUAACAAAUGCGAUCAAAAAAAUUAUAAAUGAUUGUAAACUAGUUUUUGAAUUAAGGUUGAAAACAUGUCAAUCAUCAGAAAUUAUUUACAACAAAGAAAAUAUUUUAAUCUGUGGAGGCACUGGAACAGGAAAAACAAUAUUGUGCGAAAUUAUUAAACAACAAAUUCAACAGCCACCGUAUUUAUUUCAUGUUGAGACAAUAAAUUGUAAGAAAUUAAAAGGGAAAAAAGUAGAAAUUGUACAGAAAUUUUUGAUUUCAACAAUGUCUAAUUGUGCUUAUUAUCAGCCAUCUUUAUUAAUUUUUGAUAAUAUUGAUUGCAUCACAAACAACGAUGUUAGUGAGUAUGAAGAAAAUACUCCUGAUUCAAUAAAUGCGGCAAGAAUAACUGAUUCAAUAAUAAAUAUCGUUACAAAUUUUCAAACAGCUCAUUGUUUAAAUGUCAUUGCUACUUGUUUAAAUAUAAGUAGACUUGGAAAUCAAUUUAAAACACUUGGAGGAAUAAAGUUUUUCAAUUUUGUGUACCAUAUACCAAUUUUGGAGAAAAAAGAUCGUCUUAAAAUUAUUCGAGCAAAUUUGGAACAUAAACAGUUAGAUUUUGAUACAACAAUCGAUUGGGAUUUUAUUGGUGAUAAAACAGAAGGCUUUAUAGUUCAAGAUAUAGUUGAUUUGGUUGAAAAAAUAUCUUAUGUAGCUUGGAGGAAGUCAGUUUAUAAUUCGAAUGAAAAAAAUGAGAUAACAAUAACCAAUAAUGAUUUUGUAGAAGUUACUAAGAACUAUAAUCCUAUCGCUUUACAUGGAGUUUCAUUAUUUACUGAAACUGGCUAUAGUUGGGAUGAAAUAGGAGGUUUAAAAGAUGUGAAAGAAUGUUUAGUUCAAUUAUUACAAUGGCCAUUGAGUUACAUUGAAUUAUUCAGUAAUGCUCCUAUUAAACAACAAACAGGAAUUUUACUGUAUGGAAUGCCGGGAACUGGUAAAACCAUGAUUGCGGGUGCAGUUGCUAGAGAAUGUGGUCUCAACUUCAUAAGUAUUAAGGGCCCUGAAUUGUUAUCGAAAUAUAUUGGUGCCAGUGAAGAAGCGGUUCGAGAUGUUUUUGACAGAGCACAAAGAGCCGCACCUUGUGUAUUAUUUUUCGACGAGUUCGAAAGUCUCGCCCCUCGUCGUGGACAUGAUUCUACAGGUGUUACAGACCGCAUUGUUAAUCAAUUGUUAACACAAUUGGAUGGUAUAGAAAGAAGAGAAGGAGUUGCAAUUGUCGCUGCAUCAUCCCGUCCAGAUUUAUUAGAUCCUGCUUUAUUGAGACCUGGUCGAUUGAACAGAUUGCUUCUAUGUCCCUUACCACAAGAGAAUGAUCGACUUGACAUUUUGAACGUUCUUUGUAAAAAAUAUCAGUUAGAUAGUGAGGACUUCGAUCUAGAGCUAUUAGCAAAAAUGACAGAAGGGUUCACAGGUGCAGAUCUGUGUUCAAUAUUUAAUCAAUCGAAAUUGGAUCUAAUCGAUGAGAAUGAUGCAAAGGUAGAAAAGUUUGGUGAACCAUUUGGAAUUAUUAUCACUCAAAGGCAUUUUUUGAAUGCGUUAGAAUCUACUCAGCCUUCUUUAACACCAACAGAAGUCGCUCGAUUCAAUAAAAUAUACAAGAAAUUUGGCCAAGGUGAUAAUUUUACUGAAGAUAUUAUAAAUAAUCCAAAAGCAACACUAGCUUGAAUGAGGAAAAAUUCCUUCAAGCUUGAAAUGGUUUUUUCUUAUUGAAUGAAUUGCGCUACACAGGUAAGAAGAUUAUGAGGAAUAGAUUAAGAAACGCAAAUCUCAUCAAGCUUACCAUUAACUCGUAUCUGGACUGGACCGAAAAGCAAAAGAAAGAGUCGAAAGGACAGGAAAAUUUCUUAGGAAGAUAAUUUGCUCGAAACGAAGUUUAAUUUAAAUCGAAUUUGACAAAAUUUUCUUUAAAAAAAGUAAUGAAACAAUUUAUUGAUAAAAAAAUGCACAAGAAAUGCAUAGCAUAUGUAGAAAAAAAAAUUGUGAAAUAAAAAUUCUGUUUGGAAAACUAACUAUUAUUGUAUAUUCUCUUUAGAUUGCACAAAAUUAUAGCUGUAGGUA